GACAGCAACCUGUCAUUGGGAUCACAGGCGGAGGCGGUGUUGAGAGCAUCGCCCAUGAAGGAGAAGAACUGGCCGGCGCUUCUCAUCCUAGUCAUCAUCGCGCUGACGGUGGGCGGAAACAUCCUGGUGAUUCUGGCCGUCUCACUAGAGAAGAAGCUUCAGAAUGCUACAAACUUCUUCCUGAGGUCGUUGGCCGUGGCCGACAUGCUGGUGGGGAUACUGGUGAUGCCUAUAUCACUGAUCAACAUACUCUAUGACUAUGCGUGGCCCCUGCCCAGUGCUCUGUGUCCUAUCUGGAUCUACCUGGACGUCCUCUUCUCCACAUCGUCUAUUAUGCAUCUGUGUGCCAUAUCUCUGGAUCGAUAUGUGGCUAUAAGGAAUCCCAUUGAACACAGCCGCUUCAACUCCAGAACCAAGGCCAUGAUGAAGAUAGCAGCUGUAUGGACCAUAUCAAUAGGUGUGUCCAUGCCUAUCCCGGUGAUCGGCCUUCACAACAAAGACAAAGUGUUUGUCAACGGCAGCUGUGUUCUGAACGAGGAGCGCUUCAUGCUGGUUGGCUCCUUCGUGGCUUUCUUCAUCCCAUUGGUCAUCAUGGUUGUGUCCUACUGCCUCACCAUACAGGUCCUCCAACGCCAGGAGACCGUCUUCCUCUACGAGAGGAAAACUUCCUCUCAGCAGCCACUGCAGCCUCAGGCCACUCCCUCAAACCACCAGUCCCCACCUCCAAAUUUCCUAGGCCUACCCAUAAACAUUGAGGCUCCUCCUCCUAGCAGACAAGGAAGUCUGAGCUGCCUGAAAGGGGCGGAGCCUGACCGGCAGACCGGCCUCUUAAGCAGUUCCCCCUCGGAGAGCAUCAGUAUGAUUCCGAGUUCGGGGGUGGCGUCCCAGCUGAGCUCUCCGGCAGGGCGUGAUGCACGGGACAGUCACGGGAGGCGGGGGAUGAUGCAGGCGAUCAAGAAUGAGAGGCGGGCCUCCAAGGUGCUGGGGAUCGUGUUCUUCCUGUUUCUGAUCAUGUGGUGCCCCUUCUUCAUCACCAAUGUCACUUACGUCCUCUGUCAGGGUUCCUGCAACGAGCCUUUAUUGGCUGAGCUCCUCAACGUCUUUGUGUGGGUGGGAUACAUCUCCUCUGGAGUCAACCCAUUGGUCUAUACGUUGUUUAACAAGACAUACAGAAGGGCCUUUUCCAGUUAUAUACGUUGUCAGUAUAACACAGGGCCGAUGACAGGGGUUAGUAGUAAAUCGCUAGCUGUUCCCACCAUCCAGUGUCCGUCUCAUGCGGUCACGCCCAUAUUUGGACAUCAUGGAGGGAAUGGGAUGAAGGGAAGUGUGGACCGGAAUAGCAACUGUCGGAAUGGUGGUGGAGGGGGCGGGGCCGACGGUAACGGGAUGAUCAGAGGGGUGGAGCCUGACGAUCCUACAGAUGACGGGAUGAGGAUGGAUAUGGAAUGCCCCGGGAUGAUGUCGGAAUUGGAACCCAGAAUGUCGGAGCUGAAGCUAUCUGUCGACAGCUUCUGCCACGCUCACUUGGAGCGCACCAGCAGCGUCUGAUUGGUUGAUUGGAUAAUUGGAUUACGCCAGCUCUGCGGCUCAUUGGCUGAUGAUGAACGGGCGGACUUGAAGUAAUAUGAGGGAGGAAAGGACUGUAGUGGGCAUGUGUCAAAUAACACCCUAUUCACUGUGUAGGGCACUACCCUGAACAAAACUCCCUAUUCAGGCAGCUCUCUGUAGGGCUAUGGUCAACACUAGUGCAUUACAUGGGGAAUAGGGUCAAAUUUGAGACACAGCCACAGUGGGUGGUGUUGACACUUCUGGAAGAAUGUAUCAUGGAAGGACUUACCUUGAUUCUUAACCCUUGACCUGGGUGUCAUGGACUUGUACAAUUUAGAACCCCACAGAAGGAGAAGGAGAAGAAGGAGGAGGAAGAGAAGAAGGAAGAGAAGGAGGAGGAGGAGAAGGA